AUAGACAUAAGAAACUUAGUAAAGAACAAGUUUGGUAUGGUUACAGUUGACGAUAAAAUAUAUUUGGUCAAACGAUCAACCAAAUCCAAAUCCAAAUGGACAUAACUAUGUUAAAUUCUCACAAAAGUUUGAAUCACAUCCAAUGAGACGUUCAUUUCUAAUUGAUACUAAAGUAAUUUUAUAUAUGCUUUUUUAAUUUCUAAACAAGACACAAAUUAAAUUUCGUAUGAGUAUCUGUAUAAGAACAAAUUUGUUGUUAUCUCACAAAAUUAUAAGAGAUUAUCAAUUAUUGUCAUUAAUUUAAACUGCAAGUGCCAAAAAAGAUAACAGCUUUGGGCAGUGUCUAAACUAGUUGGGUUAAUGCCAGUUUCGGCAAGAUUUCGGGAGAGCUGGGCCCGUUUGAAGGCUACAGGCCCACGAAAAAGAAGCAACAAAGAAACAUAAACUCUGGGCCAAAGCAUGGGCCGCCAAACGCGAAUUUGUGGAUAAGACCGACCGGCCGGCCUCUCAAACGACCUUCCCAGUUCCCACCCCCUGAUUCGUGCGAUCGUCGCCGGUUUCAACAAUCACCGUUAGAUUUAAGGGUUGGCGAUUGUCGUCGGUGCCCGACUCCUAGAUCUAGAUCUCCGAUACCGCUCGAAAACCUCCAAACCGCCAUCUCUCUCUGCUAUUUCCCCCCUCCGCCGUCGCGGAGGCACACUCACGGCGAGUAGUAAUUUCGAAUGGCGUCCAACGGAAGAAUCUCUGUCACCGUCGCGGCCGCAACCGCUCCUCCUCCUCCCCUCGCGCUCCUCCCUCCGCCAGAGCGAGACGACAGUCCUCCCCCCUCACCCGUCGCCACCAACGAGAACGUCCUCGCUCUCGCCGCCCCCAGGGCCAACAACAGCGGCGGAGGCGGAGGGGGAGGAGGGAGGGAGGAUUGUUGGAGCGAGGGAGCGACGGCGGUGCUGAUUGAGGCCUGGGGGGAGAGGUACGUCGAGCUCAGCAGGGGGAAUUUGAAGCAGAAGCACUGGAAGGAAGUCGCCGACAUCGUGAGCAGCAGGGAGGACUACGGCAAGCCUGCGAAGACCGACAUCCAGUGCAAGAAUCGGAUCGAUACCGUCAAGAAGAAGUUCAAAUCGGAGAAGGCCAAGAUCGCCGCCGGCGCCGGCCCUAGCAAGUGGGGCUUCUACCGGAGAAUUGAGGAGCUGAUUGGAGCGAACCCUAAGACGGCGAGUCUGACCCCGAAAACUACUCCUCAUCCCGGAUCUGUCAGAAGCUCCGGCCGGCUUGCUACCGAUCGUCGGAUCAGUUCGCAGCCCCAUCAGCAGUUUGGGAAGCCGCCGGUGAAGGGCAGCGGUUCGAGGAGCAAACGGAAGGGCAUCAACAAUAGUCAGAAGCUGAAGAUACAAUUCGGGAAGAGGAGCGGUAAGAUGAGGGAUUUCUCCUCGGAGGACGAGGAAGACGAGGAAGAAGAUGAAGAGGAGGAGGAGGAGGAGGAGGGGGAGGAAGAGGUAGCUUUCCCUGAUUCCGACGACAGUUUCCCGCCGGAGAACAAGAAGAGAAGAUUGACAAGCCAGAUGCAACCGAGGCACCAACCGCAUCCGAAUAAUCUGAAUGGGAAAGCAGGCAGUGGCGCAGUGGCGAAGGAGAAGAAGGGAGGAGGAUGGGGCAGCUCGAUUCGGAUGCUGACCGCUUCAAUUCUGAAGCUCGGGGAAGCCUACGAGCAAGCUGAGGGUGCUAAGCUGCAGCAGGUGGUGGAGAUGGAGAAGACCAGGAUGAAGUUCGCUAAAGAGCUGGAAUUGCAGAGGAUGCAGUUCUUCAUGAAGACCCAGAUGGAGAUUUCGCAGCUGAAGCACAACAGCAACAACAACAACAGAAGAGGAUCAGCAGCAGCAGCAGCGGGAGGGGGAGGGGGAGGGGGAGGAGGAGGCGGAAUAGAGACGGUUGCUGCAGCGGCAUCAGCCAUGGCGGCUUCCUCGGAUCAUCGUCCUCACAUUGGCCAUCCGCAUCACGAAGACGAAGAGGAUGAUCACAGCGUCGGAGGCAGUGGAGGUAAGCCCAUGAGGGUGGAUAGCAUCAAUAGUGAUAGUGAUAACUGAAGGAAAAGGAGAAGAAAGUAGUUGCAGCAAGUGGGCAGUGCAUUUUGAGUCAUGGAACGUUUUAGGAUUUGUGGUUUGUUUUAGCUUUCUCUGAACAUUUGUGAUAUAUGAUGAUUGUGAUUGUGGUAGUGGUGAUGAUGAUGAUGGUGUAAUAUGUGAUUUGCUGAGAUAAGUUAGUAGGGGAAAAGGGGGGAAGUUUUUUUUAGGAUGAGGAAUGUGUAUGUGAUGUAGCUCUCUGUAACACUUAAUUCUCUAAUCAAGAAGUCUUGUCAUUGUUAACUUAAGCUUCUCUUUCAGCAAGGAGCAGUAGAAGCUUGAGAUAUGAUAAUCUGGGUUGUGGGAUGCUCUGCUUAUUAUGAGGAAAGAACAUUGAACUAUCAAAUCAAUGAAACCUCCUAAUUACAGGAUGAGAUGGCUGACUGUCACAUAUGAAAAAGGCUGGAUUAAGGAGGAAACAUGAUUAUGUAUUUGAUGGAUAACUAUUCUACUCGAGCUAAACUGAUUUUCAUUUGAGGAGAAAAAACAGAAGAUCUUCAUUUUUCACGCACACAACUUCCAAUCCCUGAAAUCCCUAAUUAUAAUAUGUGACUGACACACCACAUACAAGGGGGUUGGAGUUGUUCAUCGAUUUUGAAAACUAUUAUUCACAUAUUUCUCUCUGAUUUUUGAAAUUUCAAGUUAUUCUUCGUCGAUUUGGAAAACUAUUUUUCACAUAUUUUGACCGGUUUUCUUGAAAGUUUGGUCAUCUUAAAGAAUAUUUUUUAUAGAUUUUAGGUGAAUAGCCGGUUUUGUAGGUUAUUCAUCACAAAUUUUAAUCAAUUUUUAUCGGCGGUUCUUAGUCGAUUUUAAAGACUAUUUUUCAUAGAUUUUGGUCGAUUUUUUCUGUUAUUCUUGGCCCAUUUUGGAGACUAUUUUCACAUAUUUUGGCUGAUUUUUUAUCGGCUAUUCUUGGUUGAUUUGAAAGAUAUUUUUUGUUCCUUUUGGUUGAUUAUUUAUUGUAUAGUCUUGCUAAUAUUGAAGACUAUUUAUCAAAGGUUUUGGAUGAUUUUUUAAGACUAUUCUUGGCCGGUUUUGAGCAUUAUUCAUCAAAGGUUUUGGCUGAUUUUAUAUUCGUUAUUCUUGGUCGAUUUUGAAGGUUAUUCAUCACAGAUUCUAGUCGAUUUUUCAUAGUCUAUUCUUGACUGAUUUUGAAUGUUUUUCUUUACAUAUUUUGUCCGAUUUUUUAUAGUCUAUUAUUGGCCGAUUUUGAAGGAUAUUCAACAAAGACUUGGCCGAUUUUACAUCGGCUAUUCUUUGUCAAAUUUGAAGGAUAUCCAACACAAAUUUUCGCUGAUUUCUCGUUGACUAUUCUUUGUCAAUUUGAAGGCUAUUCAUCACAGAUUUUGGCUGAUUUUUUUUAUCUAUUAUGCUUGGCCGAUUUUGAAAGCUAUUCAUCAAAGAUUUUGGUCGACUUUGAAUGCUAUUCUUCACGGAUUUUGACCGAUGUUUAUCGACCAUUCUUGACCAAUUUUGGAGAAUAUUUUCCUCAUUCUAGCUUCUAUGUAUUUCAAAAAACUAUUUGCGUCGAUUCAUUGUAUUCGGUGUUCGAUUUUGUUUCUUGAUUAACGAAUCACAUGCUUUAAUGACAUUGUAGCUCACCGUGUAUCUAUGACGAUGUAUCUUGACCUUUGCCCAUAACGAGUAAUCUAAUGGCAAAAAGAACAAAAAGGAAACAAAAUUUGAAUGGAAGAAACGAAAAUGGGAAAUCGUCUAGAUAAAAUAUAAUACAGAUAGAAAGAAAUGAUUUACGAGUGAAAUUCUUUUUUAUGAAUACCAAAAAAUGGAAACAUAAUCAAAGAGUAUCCUGCACCAUUCAUAAAAUGAAUGAUCGAAUCUUUUUAUGAUAAAAUUGCUCUUUUUGUUUCCUUGUACGUAGAAGAAAAAAAAUCCUUCCACUCUACUAGUAUAAGGGAAUUAAGAGCCACAGAAAACAUAACAUCUUGUCAAUAGAAGAAGGGGAAAAAAGACAGAUUUUGAAAGAAGAGAAGAUGAAGCUGGGAGUUCUGGUUGUGAUGUUGGUGAUUCUGGCUUCUUCAACUCAAAUUAUAAUGGCGGAUUACCAGAAGUGUUAUGAUUAUUGUUCAACCCAUUGUAAGCGAGUGAAUUACGACCAAUGUCUUUCCUUUUGUUUCAAGAAGUGUCAUGAACAUGGAGGUGGUGGUAACAAUCCAGAGAAUCAACGAGUUCCAUCUCCUAAUACAAAAUUCUAAGUUGAUUUAACAGUGAUUAGUUGGUGGAGAUUACGUUUGAUUGUACAAUGGAUGCAUCUUUCAUUGCACCAUUAGUAAAAUGAUCAUCUCUAUUAUUCGCUAAAUUUGGUUGUGGUUAACUGUUCAGUUCAUUAAUGCGGUUAAUAGCAACUGCACCGAUUCCAGGUACGAGUUUUUUUUUUUUUUUUAAUCUCUCAAUCGAGGUUGUCAAACCACAAUCAGAUCAACCGGUUGGAAUAAAUCUCAAACAUACCGAAUCCUGAUCCGACCAUUAAACAUCAAACGACUUGCCACUCAAAUUUCUAACAACCGGUUGGAAUAAAUCACACUCAUGCUC